AUGGCUUCAGAGCAACCAAAGGAGGUCCCCGCGGACCCCGCCAACCCCUCUACCCCAGCUGCUGGUGAAGACGCAGCUGCCCCCUCGAAGAAGGGCGCAAAAAAAGCCGAAGCAAAGGCGAAAAAGGAAGCUGAAAAGGCACGCAAAGCUGCUGAAAGAGAGGCCUUAGCAGCAUCUACUUCUGCGGCGGCUGCAGAAGAUAAUGCGAAGGAUAAUUACGGCGAAAUUUCCAAGGACCGUCCUAUCAAUGUCGAAAUCGUACAUCUACGCGAUCUUGCAGAAGAACAUGUUGGGAAGACAAUUAAGGUUAGGGCUUGGAUUCAAAAUGCCAGAGCGCAAGGGGCCAAAAUGGCAUUCGUGGAGUUGAGAGAGGAGGGAAAUUGGACUGUACAAGGUGUGGUCUCUGCUUCCGCCGAAGGAACACCCGUCAGUAGACAGAUGGUCAAAUGGAUUCAGGGAUUGAAGCUUGAGAGUUUUGUUUCUGUGGAAGCCUUGGUGCAGAAACCACUUGAACCAGUCAAAAGUACAAAGGUCAGCGGGUUUGAGUUGCAUCUCACCAAGAUCUAUCUUGUGGCUCCAGCGCCCGAGAUGUUGGGUUUGGGUCUGGCUGCUGCGAACCGACCGGUGGGAAGUUUAGAGGAUGAAAGCGUCGGUGAAGCCCUUGAAGGUUUGAGCGUUACGGAGGGGACUCCCGUGGCAAGUUUGGCAACACAUCUCAACAAUCCUGCCAUGCACAAACGUGCUCCUGUCAGUCAAGCAAUUGCCGACAUUCGAAUUGCUGUCGAAGAUCUGUUCUGCGAGUAUCUACGCGCUCGUCGUUUCAAGCGAUUCCAUCCUCCAAGUCUGAUCGGUGCUGCUUCUGAGGGGGGUGCCAAUGUUUUCGCGCUUCCAUACUUCGAUAAACAAGCGUAUCUAGCACAGUCACCUCAAUUCUAUAAACAAAUUGAGAUUGCUGGCGGACGAAAGAGGGUCUUCUGUGUACACCCAGUAUUCAGGGCCGAGAAUUCUAACACACCUAGACACAUGACAGAGUUCAUGGGUCUUGAUCUGGAGAUGGAAAUCGACGACCAUUACCACGAAGUGCUUCAUUUGCUUGAAGGAGUCUUCCUAUAUAUCUUUGGCAAACUUGCCUCCGAGUAUCGAGAGGAAAUUGAGUUGAUCCGCUCAGUCUACCCAUCUGAAGAAUUCCUUCUUCCAGAGCCUGGUAAAGAAGUUCGUCUCACAUUUGCGGAGGGGCAGGCACUGCUUCGUGCUGAAGGGCCAUCUGAAUUCGCCAAUGUUACUGAUGACGAGGAUAUGAGCACAGCCCAAGAAAAAGCUCUUGGUGCCCUAAUUCGAAAGAAGUAUAACAGCGAUUUCUACGUAUUGGAUAAAUUCCCCGUCGAUGCGAGACCAUUUUAUGCCAUGCCAGACCCAGAAAAUCCAAAAGUCACAAACGCAUACGAUUUCAUGAUGCGUGGGCAGGAAAUUCUUUCAGGAGGCCAACGUCUACAUUUACCACAUGAAUUAGAGGCUACUAUCCGAGCCAAAGGAUUGGACCCAAAUCAACCUGGUCUCAAGGAAUAUGUUGACGUGUUCAGGAGCGUUGGCGUUCCCCCACACGGAGGUGGUGGCAUUGGCCUUGAUCGUGUUGUUGCAUGGUAUCUGAACUUGCCAAGUGUACAAUUGGUCGCUGAUUAUCCGAGAACUCCAAAGAGAUUAGCUCCUUAG